AUGGACUCCGAUUCGGAUUCCGACGGGUCUUACGUCUCUGCAACUCCACCAAGACAAUCAACUCCGCCGCCGCCGCCGCCGCCGCCGCCGCCACUACAGCCACCUCUUAUAGUUUCCUCUAAAUCCAGAAUCAGAAUCAAACCCUCAAGAUCCAAAACACUCCCUUCCAAACCCUCCAAAACUCCAUCCAAACCCGACCCGACCCACCAAGACUCUUUCUCCCUUCCCACCAUUCUUCCCUUCCAAAUUCGGCGACCCUCUGAUUGCAUUUCUGCGCCGUCAACUUCUCUCUCCAUCGAAACCCUCCCCGCCGGCUUCUUCUUCUCCAACUCCGCUCACUUCUCCAAGAUUCGAAGACCCCUCGGCAAUCUAGAAGUUUAUGGAACCGAACCGCUUCUUAGACCCAAGGUUGAGAGUGGCGAAGCUAGGAAACAGGGAAAGAAGCUGUACCCUAAUUUGAUAGGUGCUAGCGCGCCAAUGCCGAAUGUGAAGUUGCGAAACAGUGGUGGUGAAGGGAAUUAUGUGAAGCUGAAUUUGAGUGGAAAGAGAAGGAAGUUUGUUAACAAGGGAUGGAAGAAAGGUGGAAAAUUUGGUCAUAAAAGGUACAAGAGAGGUAAGGGGAAAUUGGAACGUGAAGGGGAGGAUCAAGAGGAGCUGGCUGGUUUGGCUGCAGAAAGUGGACAAUUGAAGCAAAGGGGGUGUUGUGGGACAAGACAGAUUGAUUGCAAUGCAGUGGAUGAGGCUGUAGCGACAGCGCGUGUUGACCCUUCGGAUGAGAACUUGGUGAAGUUGUUGAAAUUGAUUUAUGGAUAUGAUUGUUUUCGAGAAGGGCAGCUGGAGGCAAUCAAGAUGGUUCUUGCUGGGAAGUCAGGCGUGCUUGUUUUGCCGACCGGUGCAGGGAAGUCGCUGUGUUAUCAGUUGCCUGCUGUGGUUUUGCCUGGGAUUACAUUGGUUGUUAGUCCAUUAGUGGCCUUGAUGAUUGAUCAGUUAAGGCAAUUGCCUCAAGUGAUUAGGGGUGGUCUUCUAUCCAGCACUCAGACAACUAAAGAAGUCUCUGAGUCGCUCAACCAGCUUCGACAAGGUGCAAUAAAGGUGCUUUAUGUUUCGCCAGAGCGGUUCCUGAACGAAGAGUUUCUGUCAACUAUUUCUGCUAUGCCAGCCAUCUCACUUGUUGUUAUUGAUGAAGCACACUGCAUAUCUGAAUGGUCUCACAAUUUCCGACCUUCGUUUAUGAGACUUAGAGCAUCUCUGCUUCAUAAAACACUUAAUGUUGGUUCAGUUCUUGCAAUGACAGCAACUGCUACAACCACAACUUUAGAUGCUAUCAUGUCUGCUCUAGAUAUUCCUUGCACAAAUCUUAUUCAGAAGGCACAGUUAAGGGAUAAUUUUCAGUUGUCAGUGUCUUUGGUCAGAAAUAGGCAAGUUAGUAUAUAUUAAUACUUUGAACGUAAUAGAAUGAAAGACCUGCUGAGUUUGAUUAAGUCUCCUCCUUUUGCGGAAGUUCAAAGCAUCAUCAUAUACUGCAAAUUUCAGUCUGAAACUGAUCUAAUUAGCAGGUAUUUGAAUGAUAGCAAUAUCAUGGCAAAGAGUUAUCACAGUGGUAUCACUGCAAAGGAACGUAGCUAUGUACAGGAGUUGUUUAAUUCCAACAAGAUCAGAGUGGUUGUUGCAACUGUGGCAUUUGGCAUGGGACUAGAUAAAAGAGAUGUUGGAGCUGUAAUUCAUUAUAGUUUGCCUGAAAGUCUGGAAGAGUAUGUACAGGAGAUAGGACGUGCUGGAAGGGAUGGGAGGUUGUCAUAUUGUCACCUAUUUUAUGACGAUGAGACUUAUUUCAAACUUCGUAGUCUAACACAUAGCGAAGUAGUAGAUGAAUAUGCAGUAAACAAAUUUCUGUGUGAAGUGUUUCCUGCUGACAAAAAUUCCUGUGGGAAAAUCUGUUCAUUAAUCAGAGAAUCUGCUUCACGCAGGUUUGACAUGAAAGAAGAGGUGAUGCUCACACUCUUGACACGCUUGGAAUUGGGUGAGGUUCAGUACUUGCAGUUACUUCCACAGAUAAAUGCGACUUGCACUUUGAGUUUUCAUAAGACUUCUCCACCAGUCCUUGCUCAAAAGGCUUCUGUUAUAGCUGUAAUUCUAAAAAGGUCCGAAAAUAAGCAUGGGCAAUAUGUUUUUGACAUUCCAACUGUGGCAAACGACAUAGGGGUUACAGCAGUUGAAAUAACAAAUCAGUUGUACGACCUGAAGUUGAUGGGAGAAAUAACUUAUGAAAUGAAGGACUUGGCCUACUGUUAUAGGAUUGUUGAAGUCCCAACAGACUUAUUAUGUCUAUCAGCAGAUAUUAUCCGAUGGUUAUCAGAAGUUGAAAAUUGUAAGGUAAGAAAACUGGAUGUAAUGUUUAAUGCUGCAUACUUCGCAGUAAACCUAUGUGAUAAGAUGCAAGGUUGUAGUAGUGCUGAUCACACACCAUGCUUGCAAAAGAAAAUAAUGGAUUACUUUGCUGGAGUCGAUAAUACUGAUUUCUGCAAGAAAAUUGGUCAAAGCAGCCCUUUCCUGCGGGCAGAUAUAAAGGUCUUUCUACAGAGCAAUUCACAGGCUCGAUUUACACCAAGAGCCAUUGCGAGGAUAAUGCAUGGAAUUGCAAGCCCAGCCUAUCCUUCAACAGCUUGGAGUAGAACUCAUUUCUGGGGAAGGUAUACGAAUAUAGACUUUAAGGUGGUGAUGGAAGCAGCAAAGGGGGAACUUAAGAAUAUUGUUGAAAAAGAUAUGCUCUAGCCAUUUACGAUUGAUUUUACCAGCUGACAGAUUUGGAUUGGGG